AUGUCUAGCUUCUACAUUCCAAACAGGGACGUCGGCAACAAAACUACUGGGGAUGAUUGGAGAAUCCGCGGCUACAAUCCCCUAACGCCUCCGGACCUCCUCCAGCACGAAAUCCCACAUACGACCAAAUCAAAGCAGACGGUCCUCGAAGGUCGCGAUGAGGUAGUAGCCGUAGUCAAUGGCACCGAUGAGAAGGAUAGACUCUUAGUCAUCAUUGGACCAUGCUCCAUUCAUGACCCGAAGUCGGCCCUCGAAUACUGCGACAGACUACUGAAGGAGAAGGAGAAGUAUAAGGAUGAGUUACUCAUCGUCAUGCGGGCUUACCUUGAGAAACCACGAACCACAGUAGGAUGGAAGGGUCUAAUAAACGACCCGGAGAUCGAUAACAGCUUCCAAAUUAACAAAGGAUUGCGAAUGUCAAGGCAACUCUUCGUCGACCUCAAUGACAAGGGGAUGCCCAUCGCUAGCGAGAUGCUGGAUACUAUCUCACCACAGUUCCUAGCAGAUGUUCUCUCAGCCGGAGCAGUGGGUGCUAGGACAACUGAAAGUCAGUUACACCGUGAAUUGGCGAGUGGCUUGUCUUUCCCAGUAGGAUUCAAGAACGGCACUGACGGAACAUUGGGUGUUGCUAUCGAUGCUAUCGGUGCUGUCAGACAUCCUCAUCAUUUCCUCUCCGUUACGAAGCCUGGGGUUGUAGCUAUCGUUGGCACUGUUGGUAAUGAGGACUGCUUCGUGAUCCUCCGGGGUGGAAGCCGUGGUACCAACUACGACGCGAAGAGCAUCGCAGAGGCCAAGGCAGCCCUAGCCAAGGCAGGUUUACGCCAACGUCUCAUGGUAGACUGCAGCCAUGGAAACUCGUUGAAAAACCACAAGAACCAGCCUAAGGUUGCCGCCGAUAUAGCAGGUCAGAUCUCCAAGGGAGAGGCCGGCAUUAUGGGAGUUAUGAUCGAAAGUCAUAUCAACGAAGGAAGCCAGAAGGUCCCCAAAGAAGGCAAGGAUGGUCUACAGUAUGGUGUCAGUAUCACGGAUGCUUGCAUUGGAUGGGAAGACACGGAAUCAGUCCUUGCUACUCUCGCAAAUGCCGUCAAAGAACGGAAGAAGGUAAAUAGUAUAAAUGGUCAUCCGUUAGAAAUUAGGAGCGCUUAG